AUGCGUGUGAUAUUCUUUCUUAUAAAGUUGGGGCCAAUAGAACAAUCUUGUGAAAGAUCGGACUCCAUUUAA